CCCGGCAACACAAAAGCAAGUACCAAAACUCGCCCCCCUCUUCUCCGAUGCCGCGGAGGCGAGUGAGGUCGAAGCUGGUGCUGGGAGGACGCCGCGUAGCACGCUGCGGCAGCGUGCUUCUCGUAGUAGUAGUAGCGGUGGUGACGCGGCAGAACGCCGCCUGGCGGAAGCGGGAGCGGAACAAGGGGAAGGGGAUCGUGUGACGCCGCGAGAGGGAGCAGAGGAGCAAGGGGGGAAGGGGUUGGAGGAGGAGGGGAAGGAGGGGGAGGAGGGGGAGGAGGAGGGGGGGAGCGAGGAGAGAUGGGAGGAGACGGGGUUACAGCACAUACUCUUCAACAUCGCGUCGUCCAAAGGCAGCUUCGCGAAGCGCGCGCAGUACCUGCGCGCCUGGUGGCGCGCCGAGGAGGACUCGCUCCGUGGCUAUGUGUGGGUGGAUGACGUGGCCGGCAUUCCCAAGGCGCUCCGGUGCCGCGCAGGCCGGGGUGGCGGCGGCGUCGGCGGAGGCGGAGUCCCGCCUGUGCGGGUCAGCAGCAGCGCGGCGCACCUGAGCUACCGGGGGAGCGGGCUGCGGGACUACGUGCGCAUGGCGCGCAUCGUGGUGGACGCGUACCGGCUGCGCGAGCGACGCGUGCGAUGGUACGUGAUGGGCGAUGACGACACCUUCUUUAGUCCUCACGCCAUGGCGGCGUUCCUCCAGCAGUACGACCACCGCGUGCCGCUGUACCUGGGCGCGGCGUCUGAGACGCACGGGCAGAACGUGGAGUUCACGCGCGGCAUGGCGUUCGGCGGGGCCGGCUUUGCCAUCUCCGCCGCGCUGGCGCGCGCGCUGAGCGAGGGCGAGGGCGCGGGCGAGGAUGGAAUGGACACGUGCUUGGAGCGGCACGCGGAGCUGAGGGGGAGCGAUGACCGCGUGGCCAGCUGCGUCGGCGAGCUGGGGAUCGCCCUCACCCCGUCUCCUGGCUUCCACCAGUGUGACUUGCGGCACAGUCUGUUUGGGCUGCUCAUGUCGCACCCGCUGCAGCCCCUCCUCUCGCUCCACCACUUCGACGAGCUGGACCCCAUCCUCCGCCCCGCUGGCAUUGCUGACAAGGCGGCCGGGCUCGCCACGCUGGCGGAGAGGAUACGGCCCGACCCGGUUGGAUUUGCACAGCUGGCAGUGUGUGGAGACGGUGCCAAUUGGACAGCCGCCAUCUCGUGGGGCUUCGCCAUCAAAAUCUACCCCGGGGCGCGGCUGCUGUCGGAGCUGGAGCGGGUGGAGCGCACAUUUGUGUCGUACCGGUGGCGGGGGGAGGCCCAAUCCUUCACCUUCGACACCAGGCCCUCGGAGCCUGAUGCUCUGGAAAACAGGGCGUGCGGCCUGCCUUUCACCAUGUAUGCGACGCACGUGGGACAGUUUCCACAGUUGCAGCAGUUGCAACCACCCUUCAAUGUCACACAACGACCCAUCAGCUCCCCUGGCUUCAACGGUACUCUGGCCGGGUCCAGGGGUGCGAGCAGCAGCGAGAUAAGCAAGGAGCAGGUGCCGUUGGUGAGUGUGUACAACCGGACAUCGCGCAGCACCGCACUCGACCGCUCCCAUUGCCCGCUUCCAAUCCAGAGAGUGACCUCAGCACGCAUUAUUAGACCACACGGUCCAAUGCGGUUGGGUGAUGGGCUCAAACACGAAGGGGAGGGUACUGGGUGGUCAGGGCCGAAUUUGAGGAGGCAACGGUGCUCCCGGAUUGAGAUAAAUAGCGAGAAGCCGGACGAAUUGACUUUAACCAUUUGGUUAGAAGACUUUUGAAAUGUGUUCGAUCUUUAUUUUGCAUUGGUGUUCCUCGUGUAAAGUUUUAGAGCCGUCGAGUAGUAUGUUGUAACUCUGUAACCCGUAAUGAAUAAUGACAAGCCUUUUAG